UAUUCCGGCCAAGGUGCGAUAUGGCCCCCUCCGUCCCUUGGACCUGGUGUUGUUCCACGGCAACGACCCUGUGUCCAAGUGGAUCCAGAACAUCGAGAAGGAGAAGAUUGCCCCCAGUUUGAGAAGCCCUUUUGCCGAACUCUGGUCGCAUGUCGGUAUCAUUGUCGACCGCUCGAUCUUGGACCUGGAGUGCCUCGAGCCAGGCAAGCUCUACGUCUACGAGUCGGUCUUCACCGGCACCAUCGCCGGCUACGUCUCGACCAAGACCAUGCCCGUCGACCAUCCUGGUACGUAUCUCUUGUAUGAACCGCCUUCGACUGUCGAGACUCUGUUUUGUCUGCGAUUCACUUGCGGCCGACGGUGGAAUCCCUUGGUCGCGAGCGUCUUCUGCCCGUCUCGAUCGCUCGUUCCCCCUCCCCAGCCCAGCUUGUCUCGUCUGUUGCCAUCACGUCCUUACGCACACUCGUCCUGCAGAGGCGCUGGAGAAGGGCUGCCACGCCGGUCCCCAGAUUCGCGAGUUUGAAAAGGUCAUCUGGGAGUAUGACGGCGACAUUGGCAUCUGCCCCCUCAUCGAGUCAGAGUACCAACGCAUCACCGACAGCAUCCACGAGUCCCGAAGCAAGAUCGGCGCCUUCCACCAAAAGUACAGCACCUUCAGCUACCCGUUCUCGGCCCUUCCUCAGCUCUCGGCUGUCGACGAGGAGAUCGCCAAGGUCUGGAAGGUCCUGCACUCGGCCCUGGUCAAGCAGGACACCGCCGUCUUUUGCUCCGAGAUGGCCGCCCUGCUCUACAGCGAGCUCAGCGUCGUAGGCUUUGAGGCCGACACAGCCCACACCUCGACCCCGCUGGCCCAGCAGGUCGCCCCCUGCUUCGGCGGCGUCUGCUACUUUGUGAAGAGCAGCGGCCGCUCUUUCCUCUGGCCUGAUGGCAAGACCAUUCCCCUCCGCCAAGCCAAGCCUCGCAGCGCUUCGUCCAACACCUCCAAGUAACGGCAUCCAGUUCUGCCCCUCUAAUCCGACCGCGAAGCCAAGGCG